UAGAUGAGUUGUCCUGAAGUGCCGAAAGCGGGUGACCUGUCGCCAUCUUUGCGUGCGUUGGUUCCGUAUUUGAACGUUGCUGUUCAAUUCGACAAAAGGGAUAUAGUGGUUUCGUACUACUGCAGGAUGUACGCAAUGAAUUUGGGAAUCAAAACUAAAACAGAUGGAGAUAAAGCAGCAAAAUCAGUUUUACUUUCUUUGAUGACAUACUUGGAAUACGCCAAAAACAAUUUUGGCAAGGAAAAUGAAGGUAUUGCAAACGAGCUUAUUGCUGAAAGUACAAUAGAGUCAACAGCUGUGAAACUUUUUUCGGCUGCUGACAAAUUGGAUCGCGCGGGAACUGCCAACCAAAAUGUUGUCAAAAUGUUCUUCACCUCAGCGAAGCUUUUUGAAGUUUUGACAUACUUCAAAGGCGAUGUAACCGAUUACGUGAGAGCUAUGUAUAAGUAUGCGGCAUGGAAGGCCACUUACAUCAGCUCCUGUUUGAAGAAAGGAGAAACUCCGAUUCCUGGACCUGCUUCUGUCCAAGGCUCAGAGGAAGAGGACGAGCUGAACGAACUUCUCAAACAACUCAACAACGCUCCUAACCCAAAUGACCCGCUAGGGCCGUCAGCCUCACCUGCAAUUAACAACCAACACCCUUCGCCCGCAACAGCCACGCCCCCGCAAACUCAUCCGCGUAAAGUGCAUCCGCCCGCGGGACCACCGCCUACAAACUGUGCCCCUAAUCCUCCGCGAAACAGCAGCAGCGGAGGAGGCGAGUGUUCAACUGGAAAGGAAAGAUCUGCUGCAGAGUUGGAACAGGCUUCGAAGUUUUGCAAAUUUGCACAAAGUUCUCUUAUGUUUAACGACGUUGACACGGCCGUGAAUUAUUUGGAGCAGGCGCUGGCACUUCUCAAGUCAUAAUUUCUAUUCCACUCUGUGGAAUUUUUUAAUUAAAAUUCCGCCACCGAUAGAAACUAUUUUCAUAUUUUGCUAACAAAUAACUGUACUUUCCAUAUCAAAUAAAUUGAAGCUUAGUUUGUAUC